GUUUCUAAGUUGUACUAAUACUAAGUUUGAAGAGUCAAAGUCAAUGGUAGUAACACUCACACCUCACCUUUAUGAUUUAUCUCUAUAAUUCAACCCCAUUCCACACUGCUGGUGCUUUCUGUUCAAACCAAACCUCAAAUGUGAAUUGAGUAAAUAAACCCAACCCCCCAUUAGUUAGACCCUCCCCUAUCCUAUAAAAACAAUCACCACACACACAAUAAGAAACCAUAAAGUAAGAAAAAAGAGAGAAAAUAUCCAAAACAGGAAAUGAGUAAAGGAAACAAAAUGUUUCCAAUUUGGUUAAUCACCAUUGCAGUAGUAGUAGCAUCAACCCAAGCACAACCAGAAGCAAAUUUCCAGUGCAAAACAGAAAACGCCACGUGUCGCAGUAUAACAGAAUACACAAACCCAAACACAACAACCUUAAAGGAAAUCGCAACCCUCUUCGGCAUAAAACACUACCUCGAUUUCCUCGGAGCUAACAACCUCCCAACAAACACACAAAACAGUUACAAAGUUAGUCCCAACACAGUCAUCAAGGUUCCAUUUCCUUGUAAAUGCAAUAACGGAACAGGAAAAUCGAACCAUGUUCCAAAGUACAAAAUUAAACCGGGUGAUGGGUUGGAUGCUAUAGCUAGAACCCGGUUCGCUGGUUUGGUUAAGUAUCAACAGAUCCAAACCGCUAAUAAGAUUGUUGAUGCUAAUAAUAUAACUGCUGGUGAUACCAUUUGGAUUCCUUUGCCUUGUAGUUGUGAUAAGGUAGAUGGAAAUAGUGUGAUGCAUUAUGCACACAUUGUUGAAUCUGGAAGUAGUAUUGAUUCUAUUGCUCAAGAAUAUGGUACUACUCAACUGAGUUUACUCACAAUUAAUGGUAUUAAAGAUCCUAAAACCCUUGAAGCCGGUCAGCUUCUUGAUGUUCCUCUUCCAGUUUGUAACUCUAGUGUGAAAAGUGAUUCAAUCGAUUUUCCAUUGCUUGUACCAAAUGGGACUUAUUUCUACACUGCAAAUCAAUGUGUCAAAUGUAAAUGCGAUUCUAUCAACAAUUUCAUGUUACAAUGUGAGCCAUCAAACCAAAAACCAAUAAAUAAUUGGUCGGUUUGUCCAUCUGCGAGAUGUUCUGCAAGUGUGUUGAUUGGGAACACUACAUCGACAGAUUCGUGUAAUCGUACAGUUUGCGAUUACAGUGGUUAUACUUCUAGCAAUAUCUCUACUGUUCUUGUUACCCAAAACGCUUGUGCUGUGACACCGAGCAGCGGCGGCGGCGAUUCAGAUUCAGGGGCAUCCAGGAGCAUAUUGAAUGGCUGGGUUUGGAAUAAGCUUCUUGUUCUCAUUCACUCCCUCCUCUUUUUUGUUUAUCUUUUGUAGUAUAGUACCCUGCAUCCUUGUUCUUAACUUACUUUUCUUUUUCUUUCUUUCUGUGGAUUAGUAAUCUAUGAGCUCAUUGUUUAGUGUUGUGAUUUGUGAGUGUUGCCCCGCUACUAAACUUUUUAUGUUUUUUUCUUCUAUUUAGUGCAUGUUUGGAUGAAUUGUGAGUUAGGCUUAAUCACAGUGUUACCAUGAUUUUGUCAAACUCAUUGAUUUCAAAGAUACACUUACAAUAUAUGUAACAUAGCAUGUUUGGAGGAAUAAGAAUAUUGUUUGAACUA